AAUUUCAAUUUAAAAUACAGAACAUAUUGUACAAGUGAGAUGUUUCAACAUUAUAAUUGCUUUAUAAAAGACUGAACGGACUGGUGGGGAUCUAUGAGCAUGCAAUGACACAUGCUGUUCCUCUGGGUGCUAUUCAUUUCCAUUUCUCACCCUUUUCACCGAAAAGGCCUUUAAAUCCAUGUGUUGCACUUUCAUCAUUGUUUAUUUCUUUAAUUUUAUUUUUGCAGUGAAUGAAGGUCAAGGCAUUUGUGUCACAUAUCGAUUGACAUCUGUCACACAGGUUGCUGAUGUAAAUACAGAUUUCACUAAUUACAGUGAAGUAACUUCACUGGAUGCACCACCAGAAGAAAAUGACACCAAUGGUACAGAUAAUAAUGGUGAUGACCCCACAGAUUAUAGUGGUGCUUCAUCUGAUUACGCCAAUGACAACACUUGUGAUAAGUCAGGGGCUCAUACAAAUGAUCAUUCCACCCUUUCACAAAAUCACGGCUUAGCAACAUGGACUUGUGGCAAGUGUCCGAAGACAUUCCAAACCAGAAGUGGUUUACUGCGACACAACAGAAAACAUACAAAUAUAUACCCCUAUUCCUGUGUCGAGUGUAGUAAAGGUUUCAAUUCCAAAGUGAAGCUCGAAGAUCAUAACAGGAUUCUCCAUGGUGCUCGUCGGUUCUUUUGCCCCUGCUGCAGCAAAACAAUAUGCUCAAACUAUGGAAAAAAGCAGCAUGUUGAUCUCCAUUCAAGUGAGGUUUUUGCAUGUCCCCAGUGUGAUAAAAAAUUUAAUGCUCGCCAUUACCUUCAAAGACACAUUAUCACUCAUUCAGUGAUCCAUACUUGUGACAUUUGCUUCAAAAAGUACUCGACCAAAGCACACUUAAAAGAUCACAUGAGGACACAUAACAGUGUAUUUUUUAAGUGUACCAAGGAUGACUGUUCAUUCCAAACCAACUAUAAAACUUCUCUUAAGAGACAUCUUGCUACUCAUGAUAAUAGAGAAUAGAUAUGGUAUGUUUUUUUGGUUUGAAUAGUGAGCCCAGCAAAGACUUAAGAGUACUACACUCAAGCAGACACUUCACUGCAAUCCAUAUAUAGUUGACAAAUGAAAUGCACAUUUCUAGAAAACAAGUAUUCUUGUCAGAUGUUAAUCUAUGUGCAAUACUGGCUGAAACACUAAUUGAAGUAUGAAGUGAAUUGAACGUUCCUGGCAAUUUCAUUGAAUGUCACCUGGCUGUUGGUGUCAACUUGUUUGGCAAUGAUGCCGCAAUAAUUGAAAAUAUGAAGAACAAAAAUAACAAACUGACCAUAACUAAUUACAAUUCAAUACAAUAAACAUACAUGUACAUAUAAAAUAAUUGUGCAGUAAUGCUUUUUUUACAUACAGUGUAAUCUGAGUACAACUGACAAAGAAAUUAACCCUGAUGGAAUUUACAAAUUAAA